UGUCCCCAAUGUGGAAAUGCUAUCUUUAGUUCCUGAAUUUUGUAGAGAAGAUUGUAAACACGGCCAUAAUUUCUUAUUGCAUUUUUAAAAAUUGUUUAAAUAAUUUAGCUAUCACAGUGCCUUUUAAAUAUUAAUUUGAAAAUGAAUCGUCUAUUUGGAAGAGGAAAGCCUAAAGAACCACCUCCUAAUCUCAAUGAUUGUAUUUCAAAUGUAAGUUUUUAAUAGGAAAAUUAAAAUAAUAUGUGGAAUGAUGGAAUGUUUGUAACGUAAAAAAAAAUGUUAGUCACAGUUAGUAGGUUAGGUAGGCGAGAGGGUAAUAGCAAGGUGAAAUAAAAUCACUCACUCUAAUUGAUGAGUAUGAGUCCUGAAAUAGCAUAUUAUAAUUUUUUUCAAUAGUUUUGUACAGUUAUUUUUAAGCCUAUUUUUAAAUUAAGAAUUAACUUUUUUCAAUAUCAUUAUGUAUAGUAUCAUAUAGUAUCAUAUAGGUAGUUCGGUGAGAUUCGGGAAGUGCCGAAAACCGGGUAUCGUGAUUUCGUUGUCAAAAUGGCGACCUCCACUUUUUAAUUUACCGAGAGUCACGUUGUUUACGACUUUUUAACUAUAUAUAGCCCAGCAUGUUAAUUCUAUUUCCGCCCACAACUUAUAGUAGACAUGUUGUGUUAUGAUUAGACACUUGAGUCCCCCCAAAAAUUUUGGGGCUUCACUUUGAAAAUUGAAGGUAAAAUAACGCAAUUUUUACUCAUUCAUAUUUUUUUUGUGGAAAAGGACCUUUCAUAGAAUUUCAAGGACUUUAUAAAUAAUGGCAUUAACUACAACAUAUCCAAGACCUGUUAAUUUAGGACCAUCAGUUUGGUCAGAAAUUUCAUGGGAAAUUUUAGUCACGUGUGUCCCAAAAUUACCUAUUAUCGUUAAUAUUCGUUGCUAUGGUAAAUAACCUGAUUUACUCUGGAAAUCCAGACUAUUACCCCCUAAUAACUUAUUUAGAAAUAAAAAUAAAAUAAUUAAUAAAACAAACACAUAUUUUUAAUAUGAUUUGAUGCUUUUAUUGAGGGAUAUUAGGUUAAAAAAGCCUAAUUAAUUACAAUUAAUAGUUAACUAUUAGUUUUAUAUACUGUUGUUAUAUGUAUACUAUUAACUAUAUAUAUACAUAUAAUAUAUAUACAUAUAUAAUUAUAUAUAUGUGUGUAUGUAUAUAUAGAGGCCUAGAAUAGUAUUACUAUUAUAAGUGUAGGCCUAUCCACCUCCCCCCCCCCCAAUAGUUUUUUGUAGGACCCAUUAUUCAUAUGUAAUGAUAUAUAUGGUGAUUCUUAAGGCAUAAAUUAAGUAAAAGUGUACAAAAAAUAUUCACUUACCUUUGGUAUUGAAAUAUCCUAUAUUAUAUUUAAUCACAUAUCACACUAUUCCAAAAGAGAAUUAUCAGUAUUCUCAAAGAAAAAAACACACUUUCUACCACAAAAAUCCAAGAAUUACAUGAGAUAUUACUAAAAUUUAAUAAUAAAACAUUGUAAUUACCUCAAGCAAAUAACUAGAACUUAUUUAAAAUUCUAUCAACAGCUAAAGUUGAUUCUAAUAAUAAAUGUUGAUCUGUGAAACAACUGUACUAACUUAAAAUAAAUGACAUACUAUUUUUUGUCAUAUUCACACAUUCAUAUGGUAUGGGACUAAAAUACAUUAUAUAGAAAAUGGUAAAAUAAAAAGUUUAAUUGUCAAUUUUAACUUAUUGAAACAAAUAAUCCCUUUAUUAUUAGUAUAUACUUAUAAAUUUUAAACAAUUCCACAGAAAAUUUGAAAUUAAUAUCUUAAGAAUAUUUUAUUAUUAUUAUGAAUUUUGGGAAAUUGAAAAAAAAUAUUUAUACAUAAUUAAUUAAUUAAUUACGAAUAAGUGACGAGUCAGCAUAUUUUAUAUAUUUUUAAUAGGAAAAUAAUAAAGAUUUUUAAAAUAAUUUUUGCGGAAUAUUAACAAAAACUAACUUAUAUUUUGUGGUUUUAUUUAGAAGUACUCUAAUUAAAAUAUGUUCCCUGUAAAUAUUAUAUUUUUGUGUCAUUUUAUAAUAAAGUUAUAGGCCUUAAAAAAAAAUCAAAAUGAGGGUCACGAGAUGUGGAGGAAAAUCCCAUAGUAAAAAAGGGCCUUUGAGGUCCCUACUAAAAAAUUCAUAACUUUUGAACCACUUGAGCUAGAAAGUUGAUCUUGGUGUUUUUGUAAUCUAUUCUCCAGGCUCUAUACAGCUGUAGUGUUUUUAUAUUUUUAAAAAUGUUUUGAAAUUUUAAUCAAAGUGCCUAUAUCAUAUAGGCCUAGUAUAGGCUGCCAUGGGCAUGGACGGGGACGGGAUGGUCUAGGUCUACAAUUUUUAUCAAAUAAACUAGGCACUUUGGUAUCGCCCGGAAGCACUAGAAAAUGGGUAUCAUAAUUCCGUUGUCAAAAUGGUGGCAUUCACUCAUUCACUUUUUAAUUUACCGAGGGUAUUCUUGGCUACCUUUUUGUCUUUUACAGUCGAUUUUUAGCUUAAUAAUAAUAAUAAAACUGAUGACAAAUAACACCAUAGGCAUCACCACUGAAAUUAAGGUCGGGGAGGAAAGACUAGAGGCUGUAGGCCGCUUCAAAUACCUAGGAGCAAUAGUCUCAGACGAAGGCUCCAAGCCCGAACUGAUUUCCAGGAUUGCGCAGACUACAACAGCACUAAAGAGGCUCAAGAAAAUAUGGAAUGACAAAAAUAUAGCCCCCAGCACCAAAAUCAGGCUGAUGCGCUCAUUAGUCCUCUCCAUUUUCCUGUAUGCCUGCAAAUCCUGGACAUUAACAGCCGAUCUUGAAAGGAAAAUAAAGGCGAUGGAGAUGAGAUGCUUCAGAAGCAUUUUUGGCAUCUGCUAUAGGGACCAUAUCUCCAAUGAUACGGUGAAAGAAAGGGUUCGUCAGGCAAUUGGGGAGUACGAUGACCUACUGGUGACUGUGAAAAAAUGCAAACUACAAUGGUACGGCCACGUAACAAGGAAACAAGGGCUUGCCAAAGAAAUAUUGCAGGGCAUCACAAGAGGAGGGAGAAGAAGAGGAAGACAAACAAAAAGGUGGGAGGAUAACAUCAAAGAGUGGACAGGACUAACACUGGGCGAUGCAGUGCGUAGUGCUGAAGACAGAGAUGAAUGGAGGAGGAAAGUUCACAUGUCAUCUGUGGCCCCCCAACGGUCCAAGGACUAAGGGACUUGAUGAUGAUGAUGAUGAUGCUGAUGAAUAAAUUCUUCAUCUUAAUUACUUCAAGCCAACAUCUUGCUUGUUCUAUUGAAAAUUCAUAUGAUUUUUUUUUUGUGAGGUUAAAGCUUUGAAAAUUGAAAUUGAAAAUAUGUAAACUUCACUGAUCAAUAACUUUUUUUAAAAGUGCUGAUUUAUAAAAAAAAAAAAGGCUGAUUAAAUUUGUACGGUUAUUUAUAACAUAUCCAAAAUUCAUUAGUAUUGACCGUAUGAAGGCAUCAAAAACAAAAAUCAAAGAGGUCACAUUUUAAGGCUAUGUAAUUUGUCAUCAUGGCCACCAUGCUUAUCUGCAUAUAACCAAUUAUCGAUAGCUACCAUAGGGUAAUUAAUCAUUCAUUAAAUUUGUUGUCCAGAAUAUAAAUGGGAAAUGUAACUAAUAAUACAUUAUUUUAUAUAAAUAAAAAAAAAAUUUUUAUAACAUAAAUAAUUAUUAUUGGCUUAUAUCAGUUUUUUUUUUUAAUAACAAAUAUUUAUUAUUGGCUUAGAUCAGUUGCCAGCAAACUCAUUAGUCAAAAGAGCCAAAAAUCAGCAGCAGGACGAUUAACAAAAUGCGAAAGUACGCCUUCCGUAAGUCUCAAGGCGAACUAGUGGUAUCGAGAGUUUUCCACUAUCGGAUGAGCGGAGUUGUCUAGUGGGUACAUAAGGCGUCGUGAGCGCUUUGAGAUAGGUCAGUGCCAGGUCAUGCAAGCAGCGGUAGCACAGAGUUGCAAUUUUGUACUCAAUGCGAGCACGAACCGGCAGCUAAUGCAGUUCUCUCAUAAGUGUUUUAGCAUGGUCGAAUUUGCGUUUGCGAAGAACAAUGUGAGCUGCAUUAUUCUGUGCUUUUUGAAUUUUAUCCAGGAGCGUAGCAUUGAAGACCCACCAUGAGAGCAUUGCAGUAGUCCAUGCGUGAAAGCAUGAAUGCAGACAUCAGCCUCUUUGUUGCAUCAAUUGUUAGGAAGGGCCUGAUGUGACUAAUCCUGCGCAGGGUGUUCUUCACUGCACCUGAGGGCCGAGACAUCACAUCUGAAGGCCACUAGAUCUAUCUUUCGGAGGUCAGGGGAUGUGACUGUGCGCAGAAGGCGCCCUGGCUUCCUCAAGUCAAAGCCAAAGAUUACUGGGAAAUGAUCAGAGAUCAGUUUGUCCACAAUAAUAAGAUUGCGAAUCAUAGUUGCACUGUCCUCUCUGACAACUAGCCAAUCUAGGAUGUGACCCCGAAUCUGUGUCGGGACACUGACAAGCUGAGUCAUUCUGUGUGUGUCAAGAGCUGAUUUUAGGGUCUUCACAUAGCUGUCGGUGGUUGAAUUAGAAUGGCACUUUGUGUCGCCUAUUAUUAUAACGUUGUUGUUGUUGUUGGAGGCGUACAUGUCCAGGAGCUGUAGAAACUCUCAGUAAACUGAGAGAUCUUCAACUUAUUUUGCUUAUUUGGAGGUGGCCUUUAUAUGCAGAAAAAGGUCAUCACUUGGUCACCAUAAUUAAGUUGCAUCUUGCACAUCUCAAAUGAAAUAAACUCGUCCGAUUUUGAGAACGCGACACUAUUCUUGAGGGAGCUCCUGUAAAGGACAGCAAUAUCACCGCCACUGCGCGACUGCCUUGAGCAAGAGUGAAGGACGUAGUCCGGCGGUGGAAUUUCUUGCAUCUUGACCUCAUUUCCAACAUAAUUAAACAACGUCUCGGUAAUGAACACAAGUUCGGCCUUGCUCUCUAGAACAAGAUCAGACACCUCAGGUAUCAUAUCCUGCAUGACUGGGAGUUGAAAUACCCUGAAAUGCCGUGAUUGCGGCUUCACAACAGGAUGGCAGUCAACAACAACUAGAUUUGAUCUCGUCACGCCCUCCUUCUUCUUCUUAUAUUUGAGGUGCCCACGAUCAAUUUGUUGAUCAUUCUGGCUCCUGGUUUUAAAUUCAGAGUUUGCCUUCUCUUAGACAGGUUGCCGUCCAAGGCUAACGAGUCCCAUCCACCCGGGUUGCUUGGGAUGGCUUUGGUGGGGAUUGAACUCCAGACCACCAGCUAUUUCGUUUGAGACAGUUUAGACCACUAGGCCACCCAGCUACCUGUCGAGGCAGUGUGAAAUCAUGAGCCGCCGGAUUGACACGUAGGGAAUGGUCGCAAUGGAUGACACAGUAGGUGCUUGAUUUCCGAUGUCCACCUCGUUACUGGAAGCUUCAUCAAAAUGCUCUACGUGACGCUCCCCAACAGCAAUAAUAUUGAUGCGGCUGUAUUUCAGUGGGGGCUAUUUCCGAAGACCAGCACGAUAAAGACGCUUCUUCUUUCAACGUGUGCCCAUUUUCCACCACCACGAUGGGUACACUAUAUAUAUAGUGCUUAUAGGCCUAGUAUCAACAUAGUAAAAUACAUAGUAUACUAUAAUAUAGCAUAGGCCUAGUCCCAACCCAACUUAUUAUUUGUAGUGCCUAUUAUAAUAAAUUACAUGUAAUGAUAUUUUAGGCUAAGUGAUCUUAUUUCAAUGAAUAUUAUGACAUGAAAUAAGUACAAAAUAUAAAACAUACCUUUGGUAUUGAAAUAGCCAAUUUUUAUCAUUUAUCACAAUGUUCCACAAGAUAAUUAUUAUAUAAUCCUCAGUAUUCUCAAAGGAAAAACACACUUUCUGACACAGUACAGUCAUAAAAACUUGUACUUACCUCAAGCAAAUGACUAUAAAUUAUUUUAAUUUCUCUCAACUUUUACAGUUGUUUCUAACAAUACAUUUUAAUUUGUGAAACAAGAUUACAACUUAAAAUAAAUGACAAACUAAUUUUUUUGGUCAUAUUCUUAUGGGACUAAUAUACUUUGAUAGAAAUUGGUAAAAUAAAAACUAAAAUCCUCAAUUUUAACUAAAUGAAUCAAUUAAUCCCUGUAUUAUUUGUUUAUACAGUGGAACCCACUUAUCCAAAUUCUCUGUUUGUCUUAGCAUUUUCUCAUUGGUUUGGUUGAUUUUUUUAUGUCGCCGAACCGUGAUAUCGCAAGCACAAAAGGCAGCCAAAUUUGCCACUUAACCUCUGUUAUCUUGAUCCCCAAUGACCAAUCGCCGGCUUUUGAAAAUUAUAUACAACAGAAAUGUGCCUACUUCAAACUGCAGUAAUUGAAAUAAAAUGACAAUAUCGUUGUCUGCGUAAUUAACUUGACACAGCAAGAAGUGAGGAGCUAGAGACUUGCAAACAAAAGAGAGUGGCGAGGUCUAUUUAUUUGUUCUAUUUAUAGUGAACCUGCUUGUUGUUAAUAUAGGCUUUCACACGUUCUUACAUGUUGAUUUUUUUUUAAAACCCAGAAUCCCUAUUUGAAUAAACUGAACUGGCAAAUUCGGAGCAAGAAAAAAUAAAAACGCGCGAAUCCGGAGCUGAAAAAUAUUUAGCCUCACGAAUCCGGAAUUCUGGGAUAAGUGGCACCCCACAUAUGCCUUGUGUUGUUAGCAAACAUGUAUGUACGUUUUUAUAUCACGCCGAUCGCUUCAUAAAACAAAUCACGGUAACGCUGUUGUGUAAAAAAAACAACUCCAAAAACAUGUGCAUGUACAUUCUCAUUUAUAAAAGCACAUUAUGUACAUAAAAAAAUUUCAAGCACAGGUUAAUAAAUAGCCGUCAUAUUGAUCUCAGCGCUUUAUGGCAAACCCAGAAGCUGGCGCCAUAACCGGGUUCGACUUUACUUAUAAAUGUUAAAGAAUUUUACAGAAAAUUUGAAAUUAAUAUCUAAAGCAGGGGUCUCAAAUCAUUGGGAGGCCGCUGGAGGUAGAGUCUGAGUGAGACUGGGCUGCAUCAUGUAUUCCACAAAAAAGCGAUUACAAAUUCAUUAAAGUAUAACUGUUAUAAUCUGCUCAACCUUUAUUAAUUACAAAUAAAAACAUUAAGGGUUUCCAAGAACUAGGCUUCACUUACUUCCUCCAACUCAUUGUUGCCAGAGACCUGGCAGCAGUUCUUCUUACACAGCUGAGCAACUUUGGCUUGAGUGAGGAAGCAACUGAGACCCACAGUGUAGCUUGAAGAUGCUCAUCAGUGAGUGCUGGUCCUGAAUUUUGACUUGUUAAAGUUCAUAUUGAAAAAGAGCUUUUCACACAGACAGGUACUCCAAAAUAUUCAGAUUAUCCGCUUGAAUAACCUGGAAAUCUCAGGGAAGGUGGAGGGCAAUGCUCUUGCAAAAUCUCCAUGCUUGUUUGUUUUUCCUUCACCUCCCUGAACAUAGAAUUGCACUGAAGAUCAAUUAGCUCCAUUUGAAGCACACACAAAAGUAGUGGGGAGCAUCUUCCACAUUGAAGGUCAAAGGGUCAGAAAAAAUUUGAAAAGUGGCUUUGUGUGUUUUGGAGUCUGCAAACCUGUUGUGAUCAAAUUCUUCCUGUAGCUUUGCAAUGUCAUCAGUAUACUUACCACUGAAUGCUGUGCCCGAGUCCAUGAGUACUUUGCACGUUGGGAAAUCGCAGAGGUUUCUCUAAUAGCCAUAACACAAGUUUUGUGCAGAAUGCCGUGACAUUGUCAUAGGCAACACUGACAAGCUACCCCUGGUCUUGCAACUUGUUGUUGAGUAAUUUCAGCUCCUGUGUAAUUUCAACAAGAAAAGCAAAGUUCAUGAGCCAUUUGGGAUCACUUAGUACAGGAACAACCACCCCAUCCUUUUCCAUGAAGGCUUUAAAUGCUAAAACCUAUUCAAACAUUAGGCAUGAACAGGAAAUAUUUAUGAAUGAUUGAUGCGAAGAAGAAGCUAUUGUAGGGAGAAUGAAAUUUGAUUUCUUUUUAUCGUAGAAAGGUCUUUUUGACUAACCUUAUUUUGAAAGCGACCAAGCUGACAGGCUCUGAAUUUCCCUCACUCGUAAGCCCUAGUGGCAAUUUUAAUAGGGAUUCUUUGAUACUGUGUCAGAUUGCUACGAUUUAUACCCUUAUGGUAUGCAUUACCCACUAACUGACUUUUUAAACUUUUUCUCAAAACUGCACUUUGGCCAUGUUUGUCUCAUAAAAUGCUAUAAAAUAAAAACGUGCAAUUUUAAAAUGUUUUUUUACCAUUAAAAUAAACGUCUAAACCUAUACAAACAUUAUAAAAUCAAGAUUACACUAGUCAAGAUUCGACUGAAACCUUCGUGGAGGGUCACAUUAUAGAUAUGAGAAUGGGGAAAACGCGUGGGCCGCAUUAACAAUAAACUUUGCUGUCAUGUAGUGGGCCGUAAAAUAUCGUCAUGCAGGCCGCAAAUUGCCCACAGGCUGCAAGUUUGAGACCCCUGAUCUAAAGAUUAUUAUUAUUAUUAUUUUGGGGAAAUUUUUAAAAAUAUAAUUAAUUAAAUACAAAUAAGUGUCGAGUCAGCAUAUUUUAUAAAAUUUUUUAUAAAAAAAAUUAAAAAAAUUACAGGAUGGUGGUGGGGGGGGGGAAUAUUAACAAUAUAUAAAUGUAAAAUUUAUGGGUUUAUUUAGUAAAACUCAUAUAUAACUAUAUUCCCUUUAAUUAUUACAUUUUUAUCUCAUUUUAUAAUAAAGUUAUAGGCGUAAAAGCAAAAGCCAAAUACAGGCCACAAAAUGUGGAGGAAAACCCUAUUUUAAAAAGUGGUCUUGUGGUCCUUGCUAAAAAUUUCAUACUUUAGAACCAUUUGAGCUAGAAAAAUUAUCUUUGUGUUUUUGUAAUCCAUUCUCUUGACUCUAUACAGCUGUUGUAUUUUUGUAUUUUAAAAAAUGUUUUGAAAUUUUUGCCAUAGUGCCUAAAUCAACUGUCUUUCUCAGUAUCUGUACCAAAAUGUAUCACAUCUGGCUGAUCUGGUCAUCAAUCAUAGUCAUAUCAGUCAGACUUCAAGUUUCAUGGCACAUAUAAAACUGAUUUAUUUUUAAAUAUGUCAAAAUUCUUAGAUUGACAGUAGGGGAGAGUCCAUGGAUAAGAAAAUAGCAAGGCUUGAUGCAGAUUUGAAAAAAUACAAAGACCAGAUGAAAAAGAUGCGAGAAGGACCUGCGAAGGUAAGUUACAGUUUUACCAAUUCAAUUUUCAAGUAUAAUUAUUAUUUUUGGUUAAUAUACGCACCACUUUGAGCUUCUGUGUAGGAUUCUCUCCCUUUUGUUAAUUUUUCAAUUGUUACUAGAGUUAACUUUUCUUUAAUACAAUGAUGUAAUGUUUUAAAUUAUAAUUUCACUGGGCCUCGGUGGUUAAUUAUAAUAUUUAAGUUUACCGACAUUUUGGAAAAUAACUUGAAAUAAAGUGUCUGAAAGUGUAUUCUACGAAACUGUAAGUUGGGUUUUCAUUAUUUUAAAAUUAUUUUGUAUUGUUUUUCUUCACCCUUACACUGUUCUUAUCACAGUGUGUAAUUGUAGCACAUGUGUUUUAGUUGAGGGAAGGGAGCAUCUACCGGUUGAAAUUACUCCAGGAAGGGGAGUGACAGCAGGUCGUUGAUACUUUUUGCUGCAUAUCUAGAGGGAUACAAUAAGGGAGUGACAGCAGGUCGUUGAUACACUUUUUGCAGCAUAUCUAGAGGGAUACAAUAAGGGAGUGACAGCAGGACGUUGAUACUUGUUGCUGCAUAUCUAGAGGGAUACAAUAAAUUUGCUAUGUUCACCACAAAAUUAAUAUCCUCAUCCUCAUGUCCCCUAGUCCUUGGACCGUUGGGGCGCCACGGAUGACAUGUGAACCAUCCUCCUCCAUUCCUCUCUGUCUUCAGCACUACGCACUGCAUCGCCAAGUGUUAGUCCUGUCCACUCUUUGAUGUUAUCCUCCCAUCUUUUUCUUUGUCUUCCUCUUCUUCUCCCUCCUCUUGUGGUGCCCAGAAAUAUUUCUUUGGCAAGCCCUUCUUUCCUUGUUACGUGGCCGUACCAUUGUAAUUUGUGUUUUUUCACAGUCACCAGUAGGUCAUCGUACUCCCCAAUUGCCUGACGAACCCUUUCUUUCACUGUCUCAUUGGAGAUAUGGUCCCUAUAGCAGAUGCCAAAAAUGCUUCUGAAGCAUCUCAUCUCCAUCGCCUUUAUUUUACUUUCAAGAUGGGCUGUUAAUGUCUAGGAUUUGCAGGCAUACAGGAAAAUGGAGAGGACUAAUGAACGCAUCAGCCUGAUUUUGGUGCUGGGGGCUAUAUUUUUGUAAUUCCAUAUUUUCUUGAGCUUUUUAAGUGCUGUUGUAUUAAUGUACCGGCUGAAAUUAUUUAAUUGAAGAUUAACAUUUUGUUCCUAUUUUCGUUUCUAUCUGUAAUUAGCUAAAACAGCUCAUUCUCUCACUUCCCCCUCCCGAUUUUAGCAAACUUGUGUUUGCACUACUUUAUUUUUUAUAUAGCCCCCCAUCUUGAUUGCAAUGACCAAUGAUAUCAUGGGUCAUGGCAACCAAGAUGGGAACCGUUGAAAAUAAGUUGUGCAGAUUGCGUAAAUUUACCUUUUUUAACACCUUCGGUAAUAUAUUUACAUUUUAGAUAAUUCAACUCUAAUUAAAUAUGAACAUUACUUUUUCCAGAAUCAAGUUAAGCAGAAAGCAAUGCGAGUCUUGAAACAGAAACGAAUGUAAGUAGCACAUGUUUAAGAGAAAGGUGAUACAUUUUUUCCAUUACCAUAACAUUUUCAUUGCAUGUUUUACAAGUCUAAAGAGAUAUGUAUCAACAAAUAGGGGAUUAUUUUUUUGUAGAUGACACAUUACUUUUAUUAUCCCAGGUAUGAAAAUCAACGUGAACAGCUGGGUCAGCAAUCCUUUAACUUGGAACAACAGAAUUACGCAAUUCAGAGUUUAAAAGACACAAAAACAACGGUAAACAACAUUAUAAUAAUUACACAUUUUAAAAAAGAAAUGCGAUUUUUGUACAAUUUAUGAAUCCAACUGCAAUAAGAAGUCACAUGAAAUCAUUAAUUGUGAAUUGAGAACUGAUAUUUCAUUAUCUUGAUCUGGCCAAUAAUCCAAAGAUCUAUACAUUGCCUUUAAAGGGAAGUUCAAGUGAUAAUCUUUUGCCUGCACACAGGACACAUCCAACUAAAGUCACUGGACAAAUCCACGUAAACUUACUGGACACAUAAAACUAAACUCACACCUUAACAACAUAAACCAGAAGGAACACCAACUUGCCCACUUAUCAAAUAUCCAAAUGAGAUAGUACCACCAUCACCUCUAUGGCCUCAGACAGAAGGGCGGUUGGAUCAGGAUGGUGACGAAGAUGAAGUAUUUUCUUUGUAGUCUGGGACAGUACUGGGUGACAAGCCAUAUUGGNGGGGGGGGGGGGGGGGGGGGGGGGGGUUGUGUGUGUGGAUGUUAAACCCAAUAAAAAUGCAAAUUUAAGUAGCUUUCAUAACAUACCACAGUUAAAUAAAUGAUCAAAGUGACUCCAGAAUAGCAUGUAACCAGUCCAGGGUGCCACCAGAGCAGGGUGCCACCAGAUCAGGCUGCUACCAUAGCAGGAUACCAACAAAAGAGACAAAUUGAAGUAGUAGGUUGCAAAAAGAACAGUUUUUAACGGAACAGGCUUAUACCAGAGCAGAGUUGGGAAUCUAUUCCAAUCCUCUCAUUAAGCCUAAAAUUAAUUAUCCCAAACUCGAUUAAUAAGGCACAAACAAUAUGUGUAAAUAAAGCAUUAUGUGUAAAGCUUUGAUUAUGAUCAGACAAAAUACUAAUUCAAACAUUUCGGCAAAUGCCUUCAUCAGUAGGACUACAACAAAAAACAUAAAUAUAAUUAUAAAUUUAAUUCACCGAAUAUAUGUAUAUCGAACUAUACUUAAAAAUGGAUGAAAAUAAUAAGAACGGGCACAAGUCCGUAACGAAAACAAAGAUCAGAAGAACUGAAAGAAAGUGAAUGGAAGUAAAAAAUAAAAAUCCGAUUAGGAAAAAGACAUUGCAGCUAUGUAAAAUUGUGAAUUUGAUUAUACCGUAUGUAGUCAAGGUAUCAAAUCUUUUUAUUAAUUUUUUUUCUAUAUAAAUUCUAUUACGUGCAUCACUCACAAACAAUAUAUCAGUAACUGUAAUGUCUGAUUCCAAUAUGAUUAGCUCUAUUGAUUUAUCAUCACUUAUAGAGUAGAUGUAUUGUUCCUGGGUUUGGGUAAGAGUACAAAGUUUAGGCUCAAUUGCAGAUCCGGAAGUUUAUCAAAAUAGAUAUGCAAGAUUAGACACAGAGAGGUCACUCACUGGUCAGCGGAGGUCACUGGGGACCUAAUGAUCAUGAAGGGUUGCAUUGUCAUCAGGGAUGGGUAGUUGUACAAAGCUUCAGUUCAGUUGGACAUCAGGAAGUGGGUCAAAUUCGAGCUUUGACCUUCAGAGGUCACUCAAGGGUCAGUGGAGGCCACUGCUGACCUCCUGACCAUGAAGGGUUGUAUUGUUACAGGGAUUAAGUAACCAUGUAAAGUUUCAAGGCCCUCCGAGGAAGGGAAAAGGGUGAAAAUUGAGUAACAGUAUUUGAACCAGACAUACAAACAGAAAAAAUUGCAAAAAAAUAGCUAAUAAAAAUAAAUUUAGACCUUUUUGUUACUUUAAGCACAUCCUGUCUGGUCAUACCUUUAAUUCAAGUGGUAGCUGCUUCUAAAAUUAGCUCAGGAUAGAAUCUAAGUUGGAAAAAAUAGAUUUCCACCAUUCUUUCCUUAUAUUUAGAAAUUUUAAUUUCUAUUAUUCAUGGUUAAAGCUCCACCUUGCAAUUAUGAACAUUUUUAUUUAAUUAUGGCUAAUUUUUUCUAAGGUUGAUGCCAUGAAAAUAGGUGUAAAAGAUUUCAAGAAAGCUUAUAAGCAUGUGAACAUUGACCAUAUAGAGGUAAGUGGGAAAGUCACCCAUUAGAAUUGUAAUGUCUUUAUUACUUUCUCUUUAUGUUUUCAGAAUGUAAGAAACUUAGGACCAUUAUAUACUCAGUUUACUUUUGAUAGGAAAAGACAAAAGUUUUAUUGCAAUAAAAAAACAUCUUCCUGUUUUAAUUAUAAAAAUGUUCAAUAAAUUUCAUUAUAAUAUUUAUAAUGUUCCGGCAAAACUUGAAAAUUUGAAUAUUUUUAUUUGCAUUUACUCAAAAAGACUUUGAAUUAGUUCACAAAUUUUUUUCCUUCUUAUUUGAUUAUUAAGAAUUAUUACAAUUCUUUAAUUUUUGCAGAACAUGCAAGAUGAUUUAGAAGACUUAAUGGAACAGACAAAUGAAAUUCAAGAAGUGAUGGGGCGGAGCUAUGGCAUGCCCGAGCUGGAUGAUGAUGAGCUUGAAGCUGAGCUAGACGCGCUGGGUGAUGAGCUAGGGCUGGAUGAGGAUGCCUCGUACCUUGAUGAUGCUGUGGCUGCGCCGUCCGCGCCAACCAGUGAGCCAGGGGGAGAGAGCAGCAGGGUUAGUACAGAUAUUCAGUUCUAUUAUUUUCAAUAUCCAGAAUUUGCUCUCUGAUUGUUAAUUGUUUUUUAUUUCAUAUUACUCAAGCUUAUUAAUGAGGCAUUUAAAAAUAAAAAGGAUUAAUAGGUUUAAAGUUACAUAUUAAUUGUAUAAUUUAAAAAAAGUUUAGAAUAUCUUUAAAUGUCACCACAUUAAUCCUUUAAAAUUAAAAAGAUCCAAAUGUUUAAAUGUUACCAUUAUACUUGUAUGCUUAUUAUGUAGUGAGAAACACAAAAGAGAGAUAUUUAGAAACUUUAAAACUCUUUGUGUGCUAGAAUUAAUAUUUUUUGUUGACACAAUCUAUUAGACUAGUAGCAUUUUUUGUUAAAUGGACAUUAAAAAAACAAACAUUAUUUAACCUGUAAUUUAUUAUUAAUGAAAAUAACAUCCUUAGUAUUUUGUGGUUUUGGAAUAAUUUUUAUUAAAAAUAUAAAUCGAUGACGAGAUCAACUUUAUGAAGACUAUUUUACAACAUAAUAAUUCAUGUUAAAUAUUAAAUUCCAGGGUGAUGUCCCAGUCGACGAAUUUGGUCUACCGCAGAUUCCACAAGGUGCCAAAUAAUCAAUCGUCAGCGUCACUUAUUCGUCACAAGCAUUUCCUCUUUUUCAUUAUCAUCUCACGUUAUUGUCCCUUAUUAUGAAUGAAGCUGAAGUUGUUGUUUUUUUUCUUUCCAUUUUAUAUAUCUCAUGAAAAUCAUCAUGUAUCGCUGUAAUUAAUCGUUGUUGAUUCAGGACCUAUUGUUUUGGUUUGCAACUUGUUAAGGUUAGUGUGUGUGUGCGUGUGUGACAUGCAAAUGGAAGAAAAAGACUGAAAGAUUAAGUUAGAGGCAGACCUAAAUGUUGUAUGUGUAUUGCUAGAGUUUUAUUUUUAAAAGAAAUUUCUUUGAACAUCAAUUUCUAGGAAAAAUACAUCUUCAACUUUUUACUUAUUUUUAAUUUAAAAAACUUACCUAAAACUAACUUUUGUUUAACACUGGAACAACUGACAAGGUUUAUGUGGCAAAAAUGAUUCAAUUAUCUGGAAUGUUUAGAUCAAAAUUCUGUGAUAGCUGUGCACAUCUUACUUGAAUCAGCUGGGAGUUGGUAGACAACUAAUCUCAUGUUGAGCUCAGUUCUAAAAGUGUGGACAAAUUUACUAGCAUUCAGAUUAGAUUUUGAUCAUUAUGAUGUCAUAAGUAAACAGAUCAAAUAAAUGAUCUAAUUUUCUUGCUGCAAUAUCUCAUUCUUUACUAAAAGGAAACAAUAUGUAAAAUUUUGAUUAUUUUUUAAUUUGGCUAUUUAUUCUAUUUAUAAAUUUGUAAAAAUAAAUUUAAACAAAUUUCUGCAGAUAAAUAUUUCCUGUUUUUUUUCUCUUUAAAUUCUCAACAAUAUUUAGCAUUACUGUAAACAUUAAGUUUUACAUCUUGUGAUUCUCAGAAUAAUAAGUUAACUCUGCUUUUGCAGAGUGAUUUCAAAGGAAUAACAAUUGUUUUUCAUAGCGUUUUAGAUCAAGUUAUUAUGGUACAAACUAACAAGCUGGCAUGUCUGAUAAUGUAAAAGUACAUUUCAAAAUUAUUUAUUUCUCCAUGUAUUUGACAAGUUAGUCCUUUCAAUGAAAAUAUGAUAAUUUUUACAUUCUCGCAAAAAUUGUUUUGUUAGAAAAAAGCUUUAAAAUGUAAAAAAACAACAAAUUUAUUCCAUCAUAUUGGCUGUGAACUAGUCAAAUUUUUUUGUGUGUUUUAAAUAAAUUCCUUUGGUGUUUUCAAAUUUGCCUUGAAAGCUCCUAAAGAUAAUUGAAGAGGCCCACCGUAAUAAACUUUUUAAGCGGUCCUAAAUUUUGGGAAAAAAUUCAAAAAAAGAAAAUCUUUAAAUAUUAUGUGCUUCCUGACUAUUAGCAUACAGAUAUGUAUAGACAACCUCAAAGGUGUUUAAUAUGUCGUGACAUUGACCAAUCCUCAAAUGCCUUAGUUCAUAAUUGUUGAGUACAGUUCUCUCCCCUCAGAAAGUCAUCUCUAUCUGGGCAUCUGUAUUGUUAUAGCAAUUCCUCCAUUCACAAAGUCAUCUUUAUCUGUGUUUGUGAAAUUAGAUUACAAAAAGUUGUCUUUAAUUAAUAAAAUUUAUGUCACACUC